AUGACAGCAGCCAGUGGCAGAGCCUACGCAUCCCCUGCAGCCCUGGUGGAGAGGCUGGCCCUGCAGCUCUGGCCUUGCCAUGUCUCUGCAUUCGGAGGGCCUGCAUCUCCAGGCAGCUGCGGCGCUGUGCCCAGUGCCAGGUGGACCUGGGCUGCAGCUCGAGGGGAGACCCCACCUUCCAGCUUCUGGAGGCCACCCGGCUUCCUCAGCAACCGGGCCCCUUCCAACCUCAAAGCUGAUGGUGGCCAGCUGGGAAUUUCCCAUGUCGCCAUCUCUCUGGCUUUCACCCUCCUGCCUCUCUCUUUGUCAGCUGAGGACCUUCGGGAUGACACUGGGCCCACCCAGGUCACCCAGGAUAACCUCCCCAACUGGAGGUCAUACAUCCAUGAUGCUGGGCCCGGGUACCGGGUCACACCUCCACCUCCAGAGCUGGGAGACAUGGAAGGGUGGGCUCUCAAGCUGUGGGCAAAACACAGCCUCAGGGACUCCAGGGCACAAGAUCACAGAAGAAGGAGGCCAGGCAGAGAAACUGAAUCCCAGUGGCUGCAGGACACAUGCCUGUCAGACCUCCCUGGUGGCCUGGGCCUAGAUGGUGAUCAGCGGGGGCUCCUGUGCACCCGUACACAGACCCAGGUGACCCCUGUGUGCCGGCUGGACAUCUAUGCCUGGUCAAUCUGAAGACGACAGAAGGCACCUGUCAGAGAUGUCACAGACAUUUUCUGGGUCUUCAGUUCAGUGGGGCACUCGGGUAUGAAAGGGACCCAUCUCAGUUCUGGGGCUUCUAAGUCUCCUCCAGGAGGCAGGGAGGCAGCUGGUCCUGACCGCCUCUCUGUACUGCAUCCUGCAGCAGCAGGGGCUGAGGGGCCGCAGGCGCAGGCUAGGAGGGAUGAAGUCUUCCACAUGGACUCUGCCAACUUGGAGCAAGCCGUGCUGCUCCUGCAGAGGGGCAGGCAGCCCCCAGGAGUCACCUGCGCCUGGGGCAAGGGUUUCCUGUGGGUGAGGACGCUGCCCAUGGCACUGGUGGCCCAUCCUCGAGCACCAGUACAUCCCACAGCACCCACCUCACUCCUUCCUUUCUGCCAGACCCACAGCAUGACAGUUGUGGAAUCACUCAUUCAUUUAAUUCAAACCACGAAUAUUUACGACCCCAAAGGCAGACUUGGCUUCAGGAGAACAGGAGACUUGCCCUUGCAGGACGGGAAGAAGAUUCCUGCCUUGGCCCUCAAGGAGCUGACCGCGCUCUGUGACGACGUCCUGGGCUUGGUGAAGAGGAGCAAGGUGGGAAAGUGGAAGGCAACGGCUGCUGUCCUGUUGGAAAAGGGAGGGCUGGAUAUGGAAGGCACCAGGGGCUCUGGAUCGCAGGUUCAGGUCAAGGGGCUGGAACAAAAGCUGGAGAGAGAUUUCCACACUGGCUUUUAUAGCUGGGAUGAGGUUUACCACAAUGACACAUCUGAUCUGCUCAAAAGGUUCAUCAGAGAGCUGCCAGCACCUCGGCUCACUGCUGAGUGCCUCCUCACCUUCGCUGUGGUGCCCAACAUCCUGGACCUGAAACAGCGCCUGCAGGCUCUUCACCCACUCAUCCUGCUCCUCCCAGAACCCAACAGAAAUGCCCUGAAGAUAGAAGCCCUCCUGGAAUUCCUCACGACGGUGAUGGCCCAGGAGCCAAGCAACAAGAUGACACUGUGGAACGUUUCCCUGGUGAUGGCCCCUAAUCUCUUCCUGCACCCAGGGCAGUCCCCUAAACUCUCCAAGGGCGGGAGAACAGCUGGCAGAGGGGCAGCCGAAGUGGUGCAAACGAUGGUACACUGCCAGGACCUGCUCUGGACGGUGAGCGCUGUGGGCCACGAGGGGAGGGGCGGGGCUCAGGAGCAGGAGCAGGGCACUCCAGCCUCUGUCCGGGGGACGGCUGUCACUGAGCCCGAGGGUCGCCUCUGUUGGUCGCGCAGGUGCAAAAACAAUGAGAGCAAUGGCCGUCGAUCCCAGCUCUCCAACCGGAGCCUCAAGACCUGGCUAUGAAGGAUACACGCAGACAGGGCCAAAGCGGGGAUUGUGCACGUGUACGUGCGUGUGCUUAUGCACACACAUUUGAAUUCUAGGCAUCUUUCUCUGCAGAUUCCCAAAGUGGCAAAGAUCCAGGCAGCCUGGUCUACCAAAGAUCCCCUGGAGGUGCCCCUGAUCCCCAACACCAAAGUGGCCCAUGUUCUCAGGCAGUUCAUAGGGCACCUCUGCCCUGGUUCACAGGGUCAGGAAAGCAGUGAGGACAAAGACAGCCUCUUUCAACUGCUGUGGGCCAUAGCAGCCAAGACUCAAACAGCUUGGGGGCAGCGCAAUGCCAGCAGCAUUUCCUCAGCCCCACCCCCACGCCUGCUUCCCACAGGUGAGUGUCGCCUGGACCCAUUUGCUGGCCUCUUAGAUCUGUCCUGCGCUAAUCCCCACAGUGAAUGGGUCAUUAAACAGAGCCCCACCUAAGGCCCGGGACUCUAGGGAGCAGCCCUGAUGUCACAUCCCUGGCCCCGAGGGCUCUGGGUACCCAGCAUAGGAACACAGCUGCUUGAGGGGAAGGUCUGGACAUUCCUCUGAGGCAUCCUUCUCUGAAAUGCCUCUCAGAUCCCACAGAGGACUCGGGUCUGGGGCUCUCUCCUCCCCGCAGAACCACACAUAGAGCCCUCUGUAGGCUAGCUGGCUCCGACGCCACACCUAGUGCAUGACCACACCCCCUGGGGGACCUGGAUCCCCAUGGAUUUUAGUCUGGGAUUCCCAGCCCUGGAGAAAAUAAAACAUGCAGCACGUUUAUCAAGAAGCAGUUGCUUUAUCCAGGAAAAACUUUGAAAGUGUCCCUACUAUAUAUAGUGUGGCAGUGCUGGGGAGAAGCUAGAAGAGCUCUGUGGCCUUGGGCAGGCAUCUUGCCCUCUCUGAGCUGCUUUGAAAGAUGAGGGGGUCAGGCCUCAGGGAUGGGGAGCAAACGCUGUGGCCAGGAACAGACCUGGGAGAAUUAGAAAGAAGAAAACCCUCCCUUUACAGUUCUUGUGUUUUAAAUACUGCUUUGUACAAUCUUGUCAUUUUCCAAUAUGAUAUUUAAAUUCUA